GCGUCUAUGACAGACUUUCGCCAUUUUGAAUACAAACAUAUGAACGAUUUUUAUUUUCCGAUCCAUUUCCCUCGCCGUGCGUGUGAGUGGCCGAGAUAACUCUGCGUAGUGUUUUGCCGCAAAAUAAUUUCCUAAAAAAAUAACUCGUACAUAAAGGAAAGCAGAAAAACAACUUUAGUGAGGACGAUGGCUCGCACUCUGGGCAGAUAGUUGAGAGGAAAACGGUCUCGUGGCAGCAGCGGGGUUUCACAGAGCGCGCGGGGCAGCAGCGCCACUGCUCCACUGCACGGGCCAGACCAGUACUAACCGACAACCAGUAGCCCGUUCUACAGACACUCAUAGCGGGGUGUCAGUCCGUCUGAGGCGUGUAUUCGAGGAAGGCCUGGUGGGAAGUGGACCUCAUGCAGAUUAAUGCUAGGUCAUUCUGUGCUGUCUGCAUUCUGCCACUCAAAUGCCUGUCUGCCUGUGGAGGAGGUGUAACUAAGGAUUCACACGUUUCAUCAGCUGGCCUGGGCUUCCUGCUGCAGCUGCCACCGCCGCCAUCAUGUUCUGGAAAUUUGACCUGAACAACACCUCCCAUAUCGACCAGCUGCUGGAUCGAGAGGGCGUGACUCUGAGAGAGUUGAUGGAAGAGGAGGAUGUCCUGCAGGAGUGCAAAGCACAGAACCGCAAGCUUCUGCUCUUCCUCUCCAAGGAUCAAUGUAUGCAGGAGCUGGUCACCCUCAUCACAGAGGAGCCCCCUGCUGAUCUGGAGGAGAAAACUCGCUUCAAGUAUCCAAACAUUGCCUGUGAGCUCCUGACCUCUGAUGUGGCUCUUAUCAAUGAUAAGCUGGGUGGAGAUGAAUCCCUUUUAGAGAAACUCUACCACUUUCUGGAGCAGGAGCCGCCCCUUAAUCCCCUACUGGCCUCUUUCUUCAGCAAAACCAUCGGCAACUUGAUUGCACGUAAAACAGACCAGGUAAUCUCUUUCCUAAGGAAAAAACACAACUUUAUCAGUCUGGUGCUGAAUCACAUUGAUGCCUCGGCCAUGAUGGACCUAUUGCUGCGCCUCAUCAGCUGUGUAGAGCCUGCUCCUUUGAGGAUGGAGGUCCUCAAUUGGCUGAAUGAGGAGAGACUCAUCCAGAGACUCACAGAGCUCAUGCACACAGGGAGAGAUGAAGAGAGACAAUCUAAUGCAUCCCAGACUCUUUGUGACAUAAUCCGUCUCAGUCGAGACCAGGCCAAUCAGCUGUCAGAGGUCACAGAACCAGACCCCUUACUCGCUGUCCUAGAGUCGCGGGAGAAUGUGGGGGAGCUUUUGAAGAACAUGUUUGAAGGGGAAAGGACUGAAGCGUCUGUCGUCAAUGGAACGCAAGUGCUUCUUACGUUACUGGAGUCACGAAGGUCAGGGCUGGAGGGUCUGAUGGACCUGUAUUCUCAGGGAUGUGAAAGGUCUUACACUGUCAACAGCAGUAUUUUACGUGCUAUUGAGCCUCAUUUAAAGGACUUCCAGCAGCUCCUUCUGAACCCUCCUAUGAGAAGUGCAAUACUCACCACAGUGGGCGUUCUGGAGCAGCCCCUUGGGAGCGCCCGGCUUCAUGUGGCCAGACUGGUGGCUUCUCUGCUGCAGACGUGCGACCUCAGCAUCUGCCAAGAGAUCUGCAGACUCAACACUAUGGACCUGCUGUUGGAUUUAUUCUUUAAAUACACCUGGAAUAAUUUCUUGCACUUGCAAGUGGAGCUGUGUGUGGCAUCCAUCCUGAACCACUCUGUCCACACGGACUUCCAGAACCCAGGUCUGCAGAACCCUGAGGAGAGACCACCAGUUACUGGCUCCCAGGCGGAGGAGGGAACACCUAGCCAGAACAACAGCUCAGAUCCAGCCAACACACCAAUUCAAGAUGCUCUUGUUGCCAAUCUCUUCCAGCAUUGCCGGCUGGUGCAAAAGAUUCUGGAUGCUUGGGAGGAAAAUGACAAAAUCCAGGCUGAAGGGGGCAGGCGGAGGGGAAACAUGGGUCACCUGACAAGAAUUGCAAACACUGUUGUUCAAAACCUAGAGAAAGGGCUGGCUCACUCUCAAAUUAAUGACCUAAUUAAAGAGCUACCAGAGGACUGCAGAGGCCGCUGGGAGAGUUUUGUGGGUGAGACUUUAAGAGAGACCAACAGGAGAAACACAGUGGAUUUGGUGAGCACCCAUAACUUACACUCAUCUAGCGAAGAUGAUGACAUGGAGAGCCCGUUCCCCAAUGAUCUGUCUAUUCAACAGGCGUUCUCUGAUUACCAGAUUCAGCAGAUGACCGCCAACUUUGUGGAUCAGUUUGGUUUUAAUGAUGAAGAGUUCAGUGAACAUGAUGAAAAUAUCAAUGCUGCAUUCGAUCGGAUUGCUGAAAUUAACUUUAACAUAGACGCAGAUGAUCAUAGUGCCAAUGCUGCAGCUUUUGAGGCGUGUUGUAAAGAAAGAAUCCAGCAGUUUGAUGACUGUGAGGAAGAGGAGGAUAUUUGGGAUGAAAAAGAAAUUAACUAUGCAACACAAAUCAAAUCCAGAUCGAGGUUUGGGGUGUCUCUUUCUUCAGAUAGUUCACCCAAGAGUGCCGUGAGAAAUGGGGGUGGAGGCUGCGGGUCGGCCUCUGGGGAAGAGGAUGUUGAGGAAGAGGCCAGUCCUCAGCAGUCGACAGCAGCUCAGACUCAGAACUCAGGCUGGGCAGCUAGUUUUAGUGAGACGGAGGUGAGCUCCUCUGGUGCCUGGGGUGGCUCCCCUCAGCAGGGCAAUGCGGGUUCGCAGGACACAGGCUGGGCCACCUUUACUGAAUUCCAGCCUUUCAGCAGCACGGAGUCCAGCAACACUGAGGGACAGCCUCAAGGCCAUGGGAAGGACUUGGCCAGCAGUGGUUCAGCUACAGGAGGAUGGGAAGGAAGUCCUGAGCAAAAAGCCCCUCUGGUGGCCUCUGACAGCAGCUCAUCUGGAGGCUCAGACAGCGAAGAGGACCCUGGAGAACAUAAGGCUGAGGGUGCUCCUAAACCUACCAACCAGAUAACAGCUCCCUCGAGCGAGGUGCCUACUGACGCUCUGGAGAAGCUCAGCAUCACCGACAGUAGCGAGUCUUCAGCACCUACAGAAGAGUCAGACGCCACCACUGUGACGGAGACGAGAGUCGAGGCACCCACUCCCGCUGAGGUUACCGCUAACGGACCGGUCUGAAGGCUCCGGAUAGAGUCCGACCCACUCUCCGCCUCUUCCAUUUUGAACCCCCAAACCUCAAUACCACUUUUGGUGUUUAAAUAAAAGAAUGCUGCCAUGUUAUUGGUCCUGGAUACUGCCAAUCAGCCCAUCAUUGGAGGAGGAAGACAGGGGCAUGUAACACAAACCAGUAACCAGUACAGUGCUCAGAGGUGUUAGUCUUUUAAUCUUUUCAACUUUGUAUGGGAUAUGCACAGUUUUAAAUGUAGCAGUGACCGCGUGUGAUUGCAGGAUCUGUCAGGACUUCUUUUUUUCCUCGGUUUGUGUCCCUCCCUUAAUUUUUUUUUCUUUCCCCCUGGAUUCUUUUUCGCUCGCAGCCUUGGAUGGUAGAAAACAGGGAUGUGAAGGUCAUGAUUGGAAAGCACAGGCUCAUCCUUCACGUCAUAACGUCUCGAACAUCCUCAUGCAAAAUCGAAAGCCUUGUUGCCUGACAACAGCCUCUGCGACAAUUACUGUAUGUUGAAGCACAACUGAAGUGUUCUGAAAUGCUUGACACUUUUCUGCACAGGUCACCGCCCCGCAAAGUUCACUUUUAGGAGUUUUUAAACAUAAUUAUGGCCUAAUCUCAUUAAAUCAAGUAUUUGAAUGUUCUGAAGUGCUUUUAGGCAGAAAUGUAUGAAAAUAGAGUUGAUACUCUGACAUGGUGUCCAUUUUGGCACUUGUGCAAUAACGUUUAGCCAUUUAAUUUAAAUUCGACGCAUUCGUAAUCUAUACAUUCAUGAUGGGGGUGGACCUAUUUAAAUUUGUUUUCUUUUCAUUGCAUGCAAGAUGUUAUUUAUCAAGCAUAUACAAGCAACUGUUUUUUCCAACAACGCUCAAGGUAGUUAGUCAAGACCUUCUGAUUGUAUUCAAUUACAUUCGUCCGUUUUUUUUUUGGUUUUUUUUGCCUCCCCUUAGAUCAACUUUCUAGUGCAUUUUCUGCUCAAGCUUUCUGAAAAUUUAAUUUUGGGUUUAAAGCUAAAAGUAAUCAUAAUGACCUUUGCCUUAAGUUACAAAUCCUUCAAAAUCUCUGUAACAGGACAGAAGGGUUUGCUUCAAAGCAAACAGGCUUUUUUUGUCUGUUUUUAAAUGUCACCCAGUCACAAAAGAACCACCACCACAAUUUUAUUUGCAUCCUUAUCAGUGCCAAUGGAGCACAUGAUCCUCCCCUCAGAUUAUGAGCCAAGAUAUGAUGCCCCAACUUCCUAUGCUAUAUAUUACUCUAAUGAAAUACCCACAGGACAGUGUUAUGCAUCGCCAGAUUUUUUUUUAAUCAGAACUUGUCUUGUUAUAUGCUGUCAGAAAGACUUUUUGAACUUGUCUCAGAACUUUCCAGAAGUUCUUGUUGGAAAUACAAGAUCUUCUUGUAAUAUUCCAUACUGAACAUCAUGUGAAUUUUUUUUUUUUUUUGUCCUCCAGGAAUUUUUUCGGCUAUCAAAAUUCACGUAUCAUAUCUCUGCAAGCGUACAAUGGUACCAAAUCUGUUGGAUUACCGGAUUGGGAUAUUGCAUUAUUUAUUUUGCACUUAUUGAGGUGUUAGUGUGGAGACCUGGUUUCCCAUCAUGCAUUGGAACAUGUUUAUUUCUCUCUUCAUUGUCUUUGCCGCUGGAGUGUAAAGUCUCCAGUGACUCUGCUUCAUAUAUCUAUGACAUGUUCAAAUAGGUUUGUUUCCAAAGCCAAACGUAUGUAUUUGCCUUUUUUCUUUAAAUGUUUAAAAAAAUCUUAUUUUUAACUUUAAUCAAUAUUAUUUUACAUAUUGUAGAGAUUCUAAUUUAUGUGAUCCUCAGCAACCAAAAUAUUGCUCUGUUCGAUUCUGUUCAUGUGUCUGGAGUCUGGACUGUUUCUGUACAUCACAGAUUGAGUGUGUUAAGAGCCUUGCCUUCAUCGUCCCAUUGAGAGUCUCAGUUACAGAUAGAUAUUUAACAGAUGAUGUAUUAUUUUCGAGCUGCCAAAAAAACAUUUAAUUUUAAUGACUGUUCCGGGUUCGAUUGUAUCAAAACAAAAUAAUUUUGACUCGUUCCUCGGAUUGUAUAAAGAAGUAAACGUCGUGUUUCCAGACCAUCCUUCUUGUGUAAGUUUAUUUUUAGACAUUUCUCUGAAAUAAACUUUUAAAUUCUU